UCCCAGCUGCAGAGGUACGCGUUGGGAGGAAACUGCAUCUGUGUGGCUGUUGCUCGCACUGUUUGUGCGUCCAAGGCGUUGUGGUACUACUUGCACACCUGGUGACUCUCGCCUGAAUGUUGUAUGGUUUGUUGACAGCUUGGAUACCCAUGAGUGCAUCGUUGUCCGCGUGUUUUGCGCUGCUUUGGCUCAGUCUCCCAUCACUUGCAACAGCGUCCGUUCAUGCCAGAAAAGUCACAGUCCUUCUAACGGACAGCGCUAGUGCCGACCUGCCAUGCGACCUAGGUACGCGAGACGAGCGUGCAGUGAAGGCUUGGUGGCAUCGUGGAGACAACCCGACCCAGCCCGUAUACACCCUGGAGGCACCUGUCGGCCGCAAGGGCACCAUCAAUCUUUCUCAGGCCCGCCACACCGUCGGGCCUUCUCUCGUUGGACGGGCACACUUCUCCGUCGUGCGAACGCCCGCGCUUUUAUCCAUCCUCAGGCUACGAUACGAAGAUAGAGGCGUCUACGUCUGCAACGUCGAGUUUGAACGGAGUCCGAGGAGAAGCUACGACAUUGAGCUAGAAGUCAUCAUACCACCGAGUGAUCCAGUAAUCCUGAACGAGAACAUGACUGCUAUGAACGGUACCGUGGGUCCCUAUAACGAAGGGGCGCUUCUCAUCCUACACUGCCACGUCAACGGAGGGAAACCAGAACCUCGUGUGGUGUGGCGCCAGGGAACCACGCAGCUCCACCGUGUGUACCAUCAGACUGAAGAAGGAGUAAAGAAAGCCACACUCCACGUCCGCACAUUACGCCGAGAGCACCUUGGAACGACAUUCACCUGCGAGGCUUCCAACAAUAACCUCACUGAGCCUGCCAGAACUUCUGUCAAACUCACCAUGAACUUGAAACCAGUGCGAGCCAUUAUCCGCGGCAAACAGGACUUUCUUUCCGCGGAGUUCCCGACGGAAGUGGAAUGCGAGGCAGAAGGCUCUUUGCCUCCGGCCGCCAUCUCUUGGUGGCUCGACUCCAAGCCCAUUGACGCGUCCGAGGCCCUGACACGAGUUUUAGCAGGAGGAAACUCGACAGCGUCACUACUGCGCUUUGUGCCGCGGGCUGAUGACAACGGCAAACAGCUCCGCUGCGUAGCCGUCAACCCCAAGAUGUCUUCGCACGACAAGGUGCAGGAUAUUUGGACGCUUCAGGUGCACUAUAAGCCAAGGGCCGUACUUCGGUGGGGCCACCGCGUCAAUGCGUCGAGCAUAGUCCAGGGACAAGACGUGUACUUGGAGUGCGAUGUGGAAGCCAGCCCACGACACACGGACAUCGGCUGGAGGUUCAACGGUGCGGACUUGUCGACUUCGAGAAGAACGGAGGGUGCUCAGAUUGUGCUCAGCAACCAAUCUCUAGCGCUCAGAGGCGUUCAACGACACGACACUGGACAUUAUUCCUGUGUGGCCACGAAUGCUGAAGGCACCGUUGAGAGCAACCAGGUCAUACUGCGCGUUCAAUACUUACCCGUGUGUGGGCCGGGCCAGCGUACUGUCUAUUCUGCCUCGCGCCACGAAGAGAUCCGAAUAACGUGCACGGUGAUUGCUGACCCGGCAAACAACGUAACGUUUCAUUGGUCCUUCAACAGUUCCUCCGGCCACCCUCGCGAUAUAUCUCCAGCUCUCUACUCCACACUGCCUUCACCCGAAUCCGAAAGUCGUGGGAGGUCGUCUUCUACGGUGGCUACUGCUAGAAGCUUGCUGCAAUACACGCCCAGGAAUGAAUCUGACUACGGCACGCUGAGUUGUUCUGCUAGGAACGCCGUGGGCCUUAUGAUGCGCCCAUGCGUCUAUCACGUCGUCUUUGCAGGUCCACCCCAACCGUUGCGCAACUGCUCCCUAAGCGAGCAGACGAAGACUUCGUUUCGUGUCGACUGCUGGCCACCGACGGGCCUCCCAGAGCCAGGCCUACGGUAUCUACUUGAAGUAUAUGAGCUGCACAGUAGACGCCUGGUCGCCAAUUACAGUUCGCUGAACCCGCGAUUUCGAGUACAAGACCUUUCAUCUGGCUCUCAGUGUACUUUGCUUCUGUACUCGGCUAACGAACGAGGCCGCUCUGAACCACUCCUGCUCACUGCGCACACGCUGGCUAACACAGCACAAGGAUACUCCGAACCAGGCAAACCCUGGAUCAUAUCGUCGAAGACGCUGCUCUUUCUCUUGAUCACUGCCAGCUUCUUGCUCGUGCUGCUUCCGUUUGUCAUCGUUCUUGCCCUGAGAUACAGGAACAAAGCACCUGAAGAGCCAGAUGAAAAAGAGGUUCACCAGGAGAAGCACUUCACGGCGAGUAAUAGCAACGGAACUCGUCCUAGCAACUGGAUCCAGCUGUCUCAAGGGGUGGAGCACCGCAGUGAACCAGGAGUUUUCCCAGAAGAAGCUUUCGUUACCACUAUGACAUCAUUCCAGGCACCGGUAAACGAACCUACGGAGCAGCCCCUGCCGUCGUUCACAUCUCCUGGCGUAUCUGACAGCCAAGGCUACUGCCCAAGGAGCGUCUGUUAGAGGCCAAACGCCAUAGGAUGUCUCAAUCUCUUCCUCUUGCUCAAUGCGGAGCGGCGAUAGGGGAAAAAAAAAGAAAGAAAAAAAGAACCGCGUCCCUACAGUCCUGUGCUACUGUGCAGCAGUGAAUGAGGCCUGCCACAGAGUACUUGUUCUAGAACGCCCUUGUGGUAUGCGUUCUGUGUUGAAAAAUCGGCUAACGGUGUGUCGGCCAGGAUGGCAUGGAGUGGCGCAUUCAACGGCAAAAAAGGACAUCGGAGUAUUAGUGAAGGAUCGAGUGGUGCGGUUGAGUCAAACGAUACGGAUGACAUUGAUUGCCAGUUUGCCGCGGCAGAGCUACAAAGUUUCGAACGCUGUUUCGAACUGAAGUGACGUGCACAACCCUGACUCGAGACAUGGUGAGAGGAUCUGUACGCGAAGCAAUGACUUUAUUGUGAAGCGUUGGUGAAAAAGCGUGCGAACGAAGUCGUCACACUGUGUACGCUGUGUGGAUGGUUGCUUUGCUUCUGCUUUGCAUGCCAUUGUGACAGGCGCCAUCGCCGCGAGGACCUUUCGCUAUCCGUGAACUGUUAUGUUCUGCGUUGGUGUGAACUCAAGCGCUGUUUGGUUCGUGAGAAAUUUGCGAAGCUCUACACACGAAUUUGCCGUGACUGUAACAGUGUUAGGGAUCCGUGAAGGACAUCAUGAUGUGUAACCAAAUAAUUCCCCCCAACUUUUGCUGCGUAGGGCGAAAAGACGAGUCUCGCGAACUAUGUGCGCGGAAAAUAGGUGACUACCGUUCCACUCGAAAUUUUAAUGACAUUUUUUGUGUGUCUUAGGAGGCUGCAUAAAAUUAGUAAACGGCCAUCAUUCGUUGUGUUCUGGGCUCAGAUGGGACUGGAUGAUCACGCCGGAUAAAGAAUCCCACUAUCUGA